AUGGCGGAGGAGGGCGAGUUGUUUGUGGCAGUAGCCGUGAAAGGUAUUAUCGGAGAUAAAUUGGGCGGCGCAGGAAGCCGCCGUGCCGUACGGUGGGCCGUCGAUAAUUUAUUACCUAAGGCUGGUCGGUUUGUGAUGAUCCACAUCAUCCCCUCCAUCACCACCAUCCCUACCCCUACCGGAAAGAGAUUACCGGUGGAGGAAGUGGAUGAGAGAUUGGUGGAAAUGUAUGUGAGAGACGUGAAACAAGAAUUUGAAACUGUCUUUGUUCCCUUCUUGAAAAUGUGCGAGAGUAGUAGUAGUACCAAGGUAGAGACUCUGUUGAUAGAGUUUGAUGAUCCAGCAAAGGCGCUACUACGAUUCAUAUACAAAUCAGGAAUUGACAGUUUGGUUAUGGGAUCAUUCAAUUCCAAUAUUUUCACAAGGAGAAUAAAAGGUCCAGGAGUACCAUUGACUGUCUUAAAAUACGCUCCAGCAACAUGUGAAGUACAUAUUGUGUAUAAAGACAGAAUCACUACAAAACCUAUGGAGCCAUUAAUCAACGCAGUGCCGCGCACAAGUCUAAAAGCAGCCAUGACUGCCCGCGGUUUCCUGAAAGAAGGAGUGGCUAGCUUCCACACUGUACAGCCUAAACCGUUAUCUGCUCGUCGAGAAUCUAUAGAGGUACGGGCGAGGUCAGCAUCAACUAGAUUGGAGGCAUUAAGCUUCACUUAUAGUCAACCCAAAACGCCUCCACGUGGCAAGACUGAAAGUGCAAUAGAUCCAGAGUCUGUAACAACCGAAUCCCAAUCGAGUCUAGAGAACGUCGUCCGAGAACAAAGAGGAUCUGAUUUGCCACCCGUACCCAAGAAGGUUGAGAUUGAAGCAGAGGUCGUGCAAUUGAAAAAGGAGUUAGAAAAUACGGUUGUUAAGUAUAAACAGGCUUGUGAAGAGCUUUCCUCCACACAGAACAAGGUUCAAGUGCUGCUAUCCGAAUGCUCGAAAGACGCUAGAAAAGUGAACAAUGCUAUGAAGGCGGUCAAAGAGGUAGAAGAGGCGAACUCGUUGCGUGAGAGAGAGUUUUCUCAGCGAAAAAUGGCGAAGACAAAUGCUUUAAGGACUUACUUGGAGAAGGAGAAAGUGAUAGCUGGUCAGCUUUUAGAAACGGAUCAACAGUAUAAGAAAUACACAAUCGGAGAGAUCGUUACAGCCACCGAUGGAUUCUCGCCGGAAAAAGCGAUUGGAGAAGGAGGAUAUGGAAAAAUUUACCGUUGCAGUUUUGAUAGUACACCGGCGGUUGUUAAGGUUGUCCAACUAGAUACGUCUGAGAAGAAACAAGAAUUCUUAAAAGAGGUUGAGGUUCUAAGCCAACUCCAACACCCACAUGUAGUUCUUCUACUCGGAGCUUGUCCGGAGAAUGGUUGUCUAGUUUACGAGUAUAUGGAAAAUGGAAGUCUUGAAGAAUAUAUAUUCCACCAGAAUAAUAAACCGUCUUUGCCUUGGUUUAUCCGGUUUAAGGUAAUUUUUGAAGUAGCUUGCGGUUUAGCCUUCUUACACAGCUCUAAACCGGAACCAAUUGUUCACCGCGACCUAAAACCAGGAAACAUCCUGUUAAACCAGAACUACGUGAGCAAAAUCGGAAAUGUUAGUCUAGCAAAGCUGGUUACGGAUGUUGCACCAGAUAAUGUCACGACGUAUAAGGAACCAGUUCUUGCCGGUACAUUGCACUACAUUGACCCGGAGUACCAUCAUACCGGAACAUUUAGACCCAAAUCAGAUCUUUACGCUUUUGGGAUAACCAUUCUUCAGCUGUUGACGGCUCGUCAGCCAAGUGGGCUUGUUUAUGCGGUUGAAAACGCAGUAAAUAAAGGAACAUUAACCGAAAUUCUAGACAAAUCGGUUAGAGAUUGGCCUUUGAUAGAAACCGAGGAAUUAGCACAAAUUGGUUUAAGAUGUGCGGAAUUUCGAUGCCGUGAUAGACCGGAUCUUAAAGAAGAGGUUAUACCGGCUUUAAAACGGCUUGUAGAGACCGCGGAUUCAAUAAUAAAGAACGAACAAAGCAAUUUGCGUGCACCAAGUCAUUAUUUUUGUCCCAUUUUACGAGAGGUAAUGGAAGAACCAGAGAUUGCAGCUGAUGGAUUCACAUAUGAGAAGAAAGCGAUCUUAGCAUGGCUUGAGAAACAUAACUUUUCACCGGUGACUAGAAAAAAGCUCGACCAUUACAAGCUCACACCAAACAAUACACUCCGGUCUGCGAUCCACGACUGGAAAUCAAGAGUCCGGUUUUCUAAUGCCGUUGUUAAUAUGACAUGUUGA